AUGCUUCCUCCGCAGAAGUCUCCAGCCAUCAUCUGCGCUGAGAAUAUCGCUCUUUUGCAAUUCCUCCACGAUGUCCCAGCCCGGCCAUCCAACAAAAGUCUUCUUGAGGCCUCAAAAAGUGAUGGUCAAUUGCCGCUUUCGCUCGAGCAUGAACGGCAGCUCACGGGUAUCCUAGCGGCACUCUCUUCGAUCCGCGAAGACGUCGCCCUAGUUACCGCUGUUGCCAUCCGGCAGUUCAACACGCCUGGCAAACACCAUCCAACCUCACUCGAGGUUCUUGUGGCAGUGAACAAAUCAAAGCCAUCCGACGGAGAUGGCUAUCUGGGCUCAGUGUGUGAUGGCUUUAGGCGUAUAUUUGACACUCUCUCCCACGCCACCAGAGAUGGAACCCGAAGGCUCAUAGCGGCUUUCAACCAGUUCGAGAAACACCAGACAGAUGCACAGCUCCUGUUGCUUGUUGAGGAGAUAGACACCUGGACACGAAUGGGAGACUUAUUCGAUGUGUUCCGCGGGGUCCCAUCCUCUGCAUUGAAUGGUGCUUCCUGUGAAGACUACAGAAGGAUUUUCAACAAGAUUGGCCAGUACCGUACCGCCGCUCGCCGGCUAUACCGUUUGACCCGAAAGGUCGACGCCUUGCGCAGUGUUACGAUCAAGCCCGUCUGUCUCGGGCCUGGUGCCUUUGUCCGUCCUGACACGACAGGAUACGUUCCAUCUCUUGUCGACACACUGAGCAGACUAUCGGCCAAAAAGACGAAGAAAGGCCUUGCUGCCACAUUGUGCAAUUGUAUGGGGAAAGCCCCUCUCUUAGCAGAGCAUGACUUUACCCGAAACACGUUCCGGAUUCUCGCCGAAUCUAGAAUCCACGCUGAAGUCCAAAUACUAGUGUACUUGAAGAACCUACCUACCAUUGAGCUCUCCAACACCAGAGUGAUCCAGUCGAUGAAGAAGGCCUGCUUCUUAUGCGACGAAACAUUGGCACUCAAUAGGAGUCUCAGCGUCCCAAAGAGUCAUGGACGCCUAUAUUCGGGAUGGAGAAUGCCCUCACUGCCGGGUUUCAAGCAUCUCCAACUCCAGCUCAAUGAAUCACUCGAGCGAAUUGCUCGUAGAAGCAUUGAGAUGGUGUUACAGAAAAGGCAGACGAUUGCCCUGGCCCACCCUGUUGAGAGCACUGCCCUAACAGUGUCAGAGGUCGCAGUCACCGAGGCAGAGGCUUUGAGUGCUGUCACAACAUCCCCUGGGCCUGAGACGCUGGCACAAGUUCAAGGCCGCAAGGUGCUGCGAGGCCCUGCGGACGACGGUGCUAGGGACGCAUCAUCUGCUGAGUCCGAGGCGGACGUGGCCACAUCGGUGAUGACAACUUCCCCCGGGGACACGCCAAGCAGCGUUUCCCAAGACAAAAAGAACCGUCUCUCAAAUCAGCAGCCUUUGUUCUUUUUGUGCCCUGGUGAGACGUCAUUGAUCCACACAUUCGGGAGCUCGGAAGUAACGAUUGAGUAUGCCACGGGCCCCGAUCAUCCAAAACCAGGCUUUCCACUCCUAUAUCACAUUCAACAACUAGACGAGAAACACGUCGACACAUUGAAGAGCCAGAAGACGUGUUUCUUCGAUGUCAUGUCCCUUGAAAAGGGUUCUGAGGUCAUACUACCGGGGUCCUCACCGUUUUAUAUCGAAAUAAACGAUACUAUCGUUAAGUUGACUUUUCAAGAUCGCGAUACAUAG